CGCACUCCGACAGGCUACAGCUACGUUUCAAGAUCAAAGGAAACGUGAGAAGACUGACAGUGUUUGUUUACACCGUAAUUUGAUCGGCCACCUGUCAGACCAACAUAGCCAAAAUGGAAGCCGAAAUCAGGACCGUUCUCCCCAACAUCGACCCGAUCAUCUCCGAGUAUUCGGCCGGCUAUCUCACCCAUGCCUCAACGGCCUGGUCCGGCGAUGAGGAUGCUACCGGCCCGUCUCCACUCGUCGAGGCCGCUUCCGCCAUCACCGACCUGCUGAUCUCGGCCUCCGGUGGUACUAAUGCCGCCCUGCAGGACAAGAUCCGUCAGCUGGUCGACAAGUGGGUGGACAGGUACUCUGCUGCCAACGACAGCCAGGAGAAGAGGGGUCCGGCUGUGAAGCGUCUUGACCAGACUAUCCAAGUGAGCGCUCAGAGGAACAUCUCGUCGACUCUGGCCGUGGCUACGGGCGGCGUCGAUCUCGAGUCGGCCAACGCCAGGAAGGUCGAGUCCAAGGUCGACAAGAAGAAGCUGGAGAAGGCCGAGAGGAAGAUUGCGGCCAAGCAGAACAAGAAGACCUUCAAGACGGUCGAGUAUGAGGCCUCGCGUCUGCUCAACCAGGUCGAUCCUGCUCAGUCGUACGAGGAGUUCUACAUGGCCGUCAACCCUCUGCAGAUGAACGGCUCUUCCGGCAAGACCAAGGACAUCAAGAUCGACAACAUCGACGUUACCAUCGGUGGUCUCAGGAUCUUGACCGACACCACUCUGACUCUCGCCUACGGUCAUCGCUAUGGUCUCGUCGGUCACAACGGUGUCGGUAAAUCUACGCUUCUCAGAGCCCUCUCUCGCAGAGAGGUUCCCAUUCCUACGCACAUUUCCAUUCUUCACGUCGAACAGGAACUCACGGGUGACGACACGCCUGCCAUCCAGGCCGUCUUGGACGCCGACGUUUGGCGUAAGGUCCUUCUCAAGGAGCAGGCCGAGAUCAUCAAGAAGUUGGCCGACAUUGAGGCUCAGCGCGUCGGGUUGGCCGACACCUCAGCCGAUGCCGCUAAGCUUGAUAGGGAGCGUGAGGUUCAGGACAACAAGCUCGGCGAGAUCCAGGGCAAGCUUGCCGAAAUGGAGUCGGAUAAAGCCGAGUCGAGAGCGGCCAGCAUUCUUGCCGGUCUGGGUUUCUCGCCAGAACGCCAACAGUUUGCGACCAAGACGUUCUCCGGUGGUUGGCGUAUGCGUCUCGCCCUCGCCCGAGCCCUCUUCUGCGAGCCCGAUCUCCUGUUGCUCGACGAACCGUCCAACAUGUUGGACGUCCCCUCCAUCACGUUCUUAUCCAACUAUCUCCAAACCUACCCCAGCACCGUGCUCGUCGUCUCUCACGACAGAGCUUUCCUCAACGAGGUUGCCACCGACAUCAUCCACCAGCAUUCCAUGCGGCUCGACUACUACCGCGGCGCCAACUUCGACUCCUUCUACGCCACGCGCGAGGAGCGCAAGAAGGUGGCCAAGCGCGAGUACGAGAACCAGAUGGCGCAGCGUGCCCACUUGCAAGCCUUCAUCGACAAGUUCCGGUACAACGCGGCCAAGUCUUCAGAAGCCCAAUCGCGUAUCAAGAAGCUCGAGAAGAUGCCCGUCCUGGAACCGCCCGAGACCGAGUACAGCGUGCACUUCCAGUUCCCCGAGGUGGAGAAGCUCUCGCCGCCCAUUGUGCAAAUGUCCGAGGUUACCUUCGGCUACAGCCCCGACAAGAUCCUGCUGCGCAACGUCGACCUGGACGUCCAACUCGAUUCCCGUAUCGGUAUCGUGGGCCCCAACGGCGCCGGUAAAACCACCAUCCUCAAGCUGCUCGUCGGCAAACUUUCCCCCACUUCGGGCCUCAUCACCAUGCACCCCCGUCUCCGCAUCGGCUUCUUCGCCCAGCACCACGUCGACGCCCUCGACCUCAACGCCUCGGCCGUCUCCUUCAUGGCCAAGACGUACCCAGGAAAGACGGACGAGGAAUACCGUCGCCAGCUGGGCGCCUUUGGCAUCACCGGUACCACAGGUCUGCAGAAGAUGGCCUUGUUGUCCGGUGGUCAAAAGUCCCGUGUGGCCUUUGCCUGCUUGGCGCUCACGCAGCCGCACAUUUUGGUUCUCGACGAACCGUCGAACCAUUUGGAUAUCGAGGCCAUGGAUGCGCUCUCGGAAGCGCUGCAGAAGUUUGAGGGUGGUGUGUUGAUGGUUUCCCACGAUGUUACCAUGUUACAGACGGUGUGCAAGAGCUUGUGGGUGUGCGAGAAUGGAACAGUGGAGAAGUUCCCUGGUGAUGUGCAGGCGUACAAGAAGAGGAUUGCGGCGCAGGCGGAUGCUGCGGGAGUUGUCAAGAAGCAUUAAGACGGGAUGAUGGAAAAGUGGGGGUGGUGGUGGUUGGGUGGGAGGUGUGAAAAAAAUGAUGUAGAUUGUACAAAGCGAAAAUCUCAAGGUUGAUAAAGCGGUCAUAAAGUGUUAUAGAUUGUUG